AUGGUCUCUCUCAGAUGGGCUUUUAUGAUUCUUUCCAUGUUCUGCUGCUUCUCAGGAUCUGAAUGCAAUGUUUUGGGGAAGCUCCCUGAAUUUGGAGAGAUCUAUCAUGUCACAGGAACAAUCUACCUACCUUAUGCUGAAAUUGAGGAGCCUUUCGAAGCCUGGUACAAUCUGACUGCAAGGAAGAGUCGCAUUCAGUAUUAUCAUGGUCAAGUCAUCACCUAUCAAGUCGGGACUGAGCGUCCAUGGGGUGCCUACUACAAGGUCACCCCAGAGACCACAGAAAUAGAGACAAAUGUCCUCAAGUGCUUCCGAUUAAACGGCAGUGCAGUAAACCUUGUCAAACCCCAGAGUGUCUUCCCUAGUAUGGACGGCUUUAGGCUGGUACGAAGGGAAUACUACAAAGGACACUUAUGUGACAUGUGGCAGAAUGUGUCGUACUGGGGCACAAAGAAGAAUGUCUACUCCCUGUGGGUGACUGCUUCUGAAGAUCAUCCUGUCCCCGUGCAUUACGAGAUGAGGGGCUACAACAACCUCCUAGGUUCUCACUAUGAUAAGUAUGAGAUUGACUAUGCUGGCUUAUCCCACAACUUCUCAGCCAGCAUCUUGGACCUACCAAAAGACAUGGAUUGUGAGUGGCCUCCAGGACAAGGGGAGGAGCACCUCAUCCUGGCUAACCCCAUGCAAGAUUACAUCGAGAGGGAAGAGGACAGAGGUCAUCGUCUCUUCCAUCAGUACAGGAAGAAGUUUGGGAAGCGGUAUGGCAGUCAGGAGGAACUGGAGCAGAGGUCGCAUACCUUCAUCCACAAUAUGAGGUUUGUCCACUCCAAGAAUCGAGCCCGCCUGUCCUACAAACUGGCCCUCAAUCACCUGGCUGACCACACCCCAGAAGAGAUGGCUUCCCUGCGGGGACUCCUGCAGGACCAAACACCAAAUGUUGGGGAACCUUUCCCAGGAGCGCCAUACUCCCACCUCCUCCUCCCUGAGAGCUUCGACUGGAGGCUGUACGGUGCAGUGACCCCCGUCAAGGAUCAGGCCAUCUGUGGUUCCUGCUGGAGCUUUGCUACCACCGGAGUUUUGGAAGGAGCCCUCUUCCUCAAGACAGGAGUGCUGACCUCCUUGUCCCAACAAGCAUUGAUGGAUUGCUCAUGGGGCUUUGGGAACUAUGGAUGUGAUGGAGGCCUAGCGUGGCGGGCCCUUGAAUGGGUCAAGAAGCAUGGGGGUAUACCGAGCGCCGAAUCCUAUGCACCAUACAGGGGCCAGAAUGGCUUCUGCCACUACAACCAAUCUGAGUUCCUAGCCAAUGUGUCAAGGUACAUCCGUGUUCCCUACGGCAACAUCACUGCCUUGAAAGCUGCUGUCUUCAAGAACGGGCCUGUGGCUGUGAGCAUUGAUGCAGCUCCGAGGUCAUUUGCAUUCUAUGCCAACGGUGUCUACUAUGAGCCCGAGUGCAGCAAUGACAGUGGCAAUUUGAACCAUGCUGUGCUGGUGGUGGGCUACGGGGUCCUGCAAGGGGAGACGUACUGGCUGAUCAAGAACUCCUGGUCUACUCACUGGGGGAACGACGGCUACAUCCUCCUCUCAAUGAAGGACAACAUCUGUGGGGUGGCCAAUGCCGGCAUCUUUCCUAUUCUGGCCUAA